AGCGUCGUCACGCACCAGGAACGUCAAAGGGUCCGGGUCACUGAUCCCGGCAGCUGGGGCUGGGAGCGGUGGCGCUCCUUGGUGAUCUGAUUGCUUUCGUCGCCCUGAGGGAAAAGCUGGACUGUUAUUUUAGGAGGACUCCUGGUCUCUGUGUAUUUAGGAGAUAGACCUAACCACUCCCUCUCGGGAUCGGGAGGGCGGCCGGGUCCUAGUAACCCCUAGGUACCCGGGGACGGGGCUGUGGGGCAGGCGGAAGCUGCGGGCUCAAGCUAAGAGCGGCCUCUACAUGAAGCCGCCCGCGGGACGCUGAUGGCCAGACGCAUCCUGGGAAAGACGUUAGCCACGGUGUCUCUCUCUGUGGCCUUGACCUCUGUGACUGUCACGUGCUCGGUCUGUAGCAGCAUUCCGGAGUGCAGAAACUCAUUUUCAUCCUGUGGGUUUCAUCUUACCUCCAACAUCAUGUCUGGUUCUAAUGGUGCCAAAGAGAAGUCCCACAAAAAGGCUCGGACAUCUCCUUACCCAGCUUCCAAAGUUCAGCGCACCAAGGUUCCUAAUGAGAAAGUAGGCUGGCUUGUUGAGUGGAAGGACUAUAAUCCUGUGGAAUACACUUCAGUCUCUGUCUUGGCUGGACCGAUGUGGGCAGAUCCUCAGCUCAGUGAAAGUAACUUUUCUCCCAAGUUUAAUGAAAAAGAUGGGCAAGUUGACAGAAGGAGCCAGAAUGGCCUAUAUGAGAUUGAAAAUGGAAGACCUAGAAAUCCUGUAGGGCGGACAGGACUGGUUGGCCGAGGGCUUUUGGGGCGAUGGGGCCCAAAUCAUGCUGCAGAUCCCAUCAUAACCAGGUGGAAAAAGGAUAGAAGUGGAAAUAAAAUCACCCACCCCAUUUCUGGGAAAAACAUCUUACAGUUUGUUGCAAUCAAAAGGAAAGACUGUGGAGAAUGGGCACUCCCAGGGGGGAUGGUGGAUCCAGGAGAGAAGAUUAGUGCUACACUGAAAAGAGAAUUUGGUGAGGAAGCUCUCAACUCCUUACAGAAAUCCAGUGCUGAAAAGAGAAAAUUAGAGGAACAGCUGCACAAACUCUUCAGCCAGGAACAUCUAGUGAUAUAUAAGGGAUAUGUUGAUGAUCCUCGAAACACUGAUAAUGCUUGGAUGGAGACAGAAGCUGUGAACUACCAUGAUGAAACAGGUGAGAUAAUGGAUAACCUUACUUUAGAAGCUGGAGAUGAUGCUGGAAAAGUGAAGUGGGUAGACAUCACCGAUAAACUCAAGCUUUAUGCCAGUCACUCUCAGUUCAUUAAACUUGUGGCAAAGAAACGAGAUGCACAUUGGAGUGAGGACCCUGAAACUGACUGCCAUGGGUUGUAGCUCCCAUGUAAGCCAAAGGCCGGCAAAUGAGCACGUUGAAAAGAAAACAGUAUCUCGGAACUCAUACUAGAAAGGACGCAGGGUAGGUGACUUGGAAAUUAUUUUAUUCACUUUCAAAGUGAUUUUCAUUUAGAAGGUUUUACAUCAGCAUAAAAUUACUAAAUGCAGUGAAGUGCAACACAGAAUUUUCUGCUUUCCACUUAAAAGAAUAUAAACAGUCAUAUUUUGUAUGUAUUCUAUGUAAGCAUGCCUUAAAACAAAUUCAAACAACUUUGAUGCUCUUUGAAGAAUCAUAGUCUGAAUAAAGAUAAAUUUCUGAUCAGCU